GUCGUCGAGUGAACACGUUACGAGCGCGUCGAUCGCAAAACUCAGACAUACAAAAUACUAAAUUGUUGACUCUCUGUGCCCCCCGCUAGAAAGUUGUUUACGUGCCCGUCGCCCGCAACUGUCGAAGGGUUUCAAAGCUAACGGCAGCCAUUUAGUGUGUAGUGAAGCGCUCCAAUGGUGCGYCAAGUGUAAAAACAACAACCAAACAAACAAAGGCAAGUGCCUACGCAAGGAUUAACUGAGAUACAGUUUGAUAGACAAAAGCCGCCAACAUAGCCGAACUAAUCGCCGCCUCGCCCGCACAAUCAACGCGCGUAUUUAUGACUAAAAUGAUUCCGCCGGUACCCACCUCAGCCGUCAUGUUGCCCACACCCAAGCAGAAGAUCGGCUUCAGCAUCGAAUCGAUUGUUGGCAACGAUGCGACGGCGACUGCCGCCGGAGGCAAUCCGGAUCAGCAGCCUGGUAGCCCGCAGCCGGAUCGCAAUGGGCCCGGCUCGCCGCCCCAGACUCCGCCCGCUGCGCUCACAAUGCUGUCCGCCACGCCCACACCGCCACACCAUCUGAUGGCACCGCCAACACAUCACGCCGCCCACGUGCUGCCGCCGCACAUGGCACCACAUCCGCAUGCGCAUCCUCAUCCGCAUCCCCAUCUCUCGCCAGCCCAACAGCACGCCCUGCACCAGCAUCUGCUGCUCCAUCAGCAGCAGCAGGGCACACCAAAGUCACACCACGAUAUCCAGGAGCUGCUGCAGCGCCUGCAUCACAAUGCCGCCGUCGCCAACAGCCUCAGUCCGCUCCAAACGCGCCUCUCCCCGCUGGGCGAUGUGCACUCCACACCCGUUGCUGUCUCCCUGAAGCGCGAGCGCUCGCCAGCACCGCCCGGCUCGGAGCAGCUCGAGAACCCAGCGCAGCGCAUUCAGCCGCCACACACGCCGCCCAAGUCCGUGUCGCCGCAAUCGUCGCAGCCCUCGUCAUCGCCCACAUUGCUGGUCAGCAGUCCGCACAAUACACCACCUCAGCAGCACCAGCAGCAGCAACAGCAGCAGCAGCAACAACAGCAACAGCAGCAGCCGCCCAGCUACCCUAAGACACCUGUCAUGCAUUCGUCCGCCGGCCCAGGCCCCGCUGGCCCCGGCCCCAAUCCGCUCAUGCUGCCAGGCAUGCCGCCAGCGGGCUUAGUGCGUCCGUUCCCGAUGGGCCCAGGCGGUCCACCGCCACCGCAAGGCCAGCCGGGCAUGCCCGACAUCAAGGCACUGCCGCCGUACAUCAACACGCCGCCGGAGUUGGCGCCCCAGCACAAUCCGCAUCUGAUUGCCGCCGCCCAGUUCCAAAUGGCCGCAGCCCUGCAGGCCGGCCAUGUGCUGGGUCCAGCAGCAGCUGCCGCCGCAGCCGCUGGCCUGCCCCCGCACGCCGCCGCCUCCUUCAUGGGCAAUCCGGGCAUGCCGCGCGAGAGCUACCCGCUCUAUCCGUGGCUGCUCAGUCGCCACGGCCGCAUCUUUCCACACCGUUUCCCUGGAAACUUCCUUCUGCAGCCUUUUCGCAAGCCGAAACGCAUUCGCACCGCCUUCUCGCCGUCGCAGCUGCUGAAGCUGGAGCACGCCUUCGAGAGCAAUCAGUAUGUGGUGGGAGCCGAGCGCAAGGCACUCGCACAGUCCCUCAACCUGUCGGAGACCCAGGUCAAGGUCUGGUUCCAGAACCGUCGCACCAAGCACAAGCGCAUGCAGCAGGAGGACGAGAAGGGCGGCGGCUCCGGCUCCGGCUCCGAGCGCAACAUGCAYAACGGCAGCGGCGACGAGGACGACGACGAGCUCAUCGACAUGGAGAUGGACGAUUGUGCCAGCGAUGAUGAGCAUGAUCUGGAUGCGAGUCAUUAGGUGGCCACUCCUCCAUCUUGUCUAUCCGUGAGUUCCUUACUAAAGAGACGCCGCCUACAUUGCUGAGCGUUGUGCGUGAGUGUGCGAAUGACUGUGUGUGUGUGUGUGUGUGUGUGAGUGUGUAAAUGCGAAUCUUAAAUUUAAUUAUUUGUGAUAUAUUCUUAAAAUGAAAAGCGCUAGGCUUAGUGUAUAUAGACAACCUGAAACUCUCAUCUAUAGCACUCCCUGCAAAAGUAUUAAGAACGUUGCGAAGAGCGUCCACUAGCCACGCCCCCAAACAGUGCCAAAUCAUAGGCGGCGGGCGAACUUCGUGACGAGUUGAGUUGAGCUC